UAAAUUUGCAAGGGGCAAGAUUUCAGUCCUUUUUUCUCUGACAUGACAAUGAAGGAAGUGUUUAUUUGUCGUCUGGAAAUCCUGCUGAAUGAAUUUCAACUAUUGAAGGAAAACCUUCAUCUCUCAAUUAAAGUCUCUUCAACUCUAUACAAUGUUUUGAAGGGAGUCAACUGAAAUAUUACUUUACAACUCAAUUGAAGACAAAGCAUUGGAUUGCUUUGACAGGAUUUGAUGGCUUUAGUUAAAGGAUUGUUCCUGUCUGGACUUGAAUGGGGUAUAUAGACCUAUGCAUCCUGCAGGUGACUCCCUAAACUCCAGGCCAGACCAAGUGCAAGGACUACUUGCCAACUACGGAAUGCUUCAACUAUUCAAGGAAUAAUGUAGAUGAGACUGGAGAUGCUUAGGCUGUUUUGGUGGCUUAUUUGGAGUCGCUGCAAGGGAAACCUGACUACGAAAUAUUACUUUACAAUGGCAUUGAAGGUGAGGCUGGAUCAAUUAUACUAAAAGGAAUAAUGGAGAUGCUUGGGCUGGAUUGAUGGAGUCGCUAUAAGACAAAGCAGUGAUUUACUUCGACAGGAUUCGAUGGCUUGAUUUAAAGGUAAUGUACCUAUAACAUGUGGGUUGUCUUUUGGACCCGUCAUUGGACACUGUGCUAUCUAACCUCCAAACGAGCUUCAAUGCCAUACAGCACUCCUUCCGUGGCCUCCAACUGCUCUUAAACGCGAGUAAAACCAAAUGCAUGCUUUUCAACCGACCGCUGCCUGCACCCGCAUGCCCGACUAGCAUCACCACCCUGGAUGGUUCCGACCUUGAAUAUGUGGAUAUCUAUAAGUACCUAGGUGUCUGGCUAGACUGCAAACUCUCCUUCCAGACUCACAUCAAACAUCUCCAAUCGCAAAUCAAAUCAAGAGUCUGCUUUCUAUUCCGCAACAAAGCCUCCUUCACUCACGCCGCCAAGCUUACCCUAGUAAAACUGACUAUCCUACCGAUCCUCGACUUCGGCGAUGUCAUCUACAAAAUGGCUUCCAACACUCUACUCAGCAAACUGGAUGCAGUCUAUCACCGUGCCAUCCGUUUUGUCACCAAAGCACCUUAUACCACCCACCACUGCGACUUGUAUGCUCUAGUCGGCUGGCCCUCGCUACAUAUUCGUCGCCAGACCCACUGGCUCCAGGUCAUCUACAAGUCCAUGCUAGGUAAAGCUCCGCCUUAUCUCAGUUCACUGGUCACGAUGGCAACACCCAUCCGUAGCACGCGCUCCAGCAGGUGUAUCUCACUGAUCAUCCCUAAAGCCAACACCUCAUUUGGCCGCCUUUCGUUCCAGUACUCUGCUGCCUGUGACUGGAACGAACUGCAAAAAUCGCUGAAGUUGGAGACUUUUAUCUCCCUCACCAACUUCAAACAUCAGCUAUCCGAGCAGCUAACCGAUCGCUGCAGCUGUACUUAGUCUAUUGGUAAAUAGCCCACCCAUUUUCACCUACCUCAUUCCCAUACUGUUUUAUUUAUUUACUUUUCUGCUCUUUUGCACACCAAUAUCUCUACCUGUACAUGACCAUCUGAUCAUUUAUCACUCCAGUGUUAAUCUGCAAAAUUUUAUUAUUCGCCUACCUCAUGCCUUUUGCACACAUUGUAUAUAGACUGCCCAUUUUUUUUCUACUGUGUUAUUGACUUGUUAAUUGUUUACUCCAUGUGUAACUCUGUGUUGUCUGUUCACACUGCUAUGCUUUAUCUUGGCCAGGUCGCAGUUGCAAAUGAGAACUUGUUCUCAACUAGCCUACCUGGUUAAAUAAAGGUGAAAUAAAAAAAAUUGGACCCAAGCUGUACUCAUAAUCAUGGCAGAGGCUACUUCCUCGUUGGUGAUCUCUUUUCCUUGGGAGAAUAACCCAGGACUUUGGCACAGUUUGAAGUAGUCUCCAUCUACAACAAUCUGACUAGAAGACCUGAGACACUUUUACUUGUAAUAUGUUGAAACUAAUCUGUCGCUGUGAUGAGAGCUUUAUAGCUUUAACCCAGCUUUCUUACUGUUGGUGAAGACUAGUUAACGCUGAGCACAUUUUCUAAUGGCUGUUACUAUCUGCGUAGUAUUUAUUAUAACUAAUUAGAUUUCUUUGCAUUUCAGGACAACUUGCCAGCUAUGAUUUCAAGACAAAGGGGUGGCAGGUAGCCUAGUGGUUAAAGCGUUGGACUUGUAACCGUAAGGUUGCCAGAUCGAAUCCCUGAGCUGACAAGGUUUGUUCCUGUCUGGAUUUGAAUGGGGUAUAGACUGCUGCAUCCUGCAGGUGAUUGACAACGCCAGACCACUUGGCUUGACCACCACUGGCAGGGUUCAGUGACGUGUGGAUCAACGGGCAUCCCUGUGGUUAUAUCUUUGGGGUUGGCAUAUUUAGGGUGAUGAAAUAUUUUAUGACUGGGUUGAAUGAUUUAUCAAACACAAUCAUGCCUAAUUCUUGAGCAAAUCAGACAGGCUGAGAUUAUUUGGUAUUUUGGUCUGGUGCAGUUGAAUAUAAAUCCCCAGUCAGAGGGUUUAUUAGUAAUUGCAGGUGAACAAAAGCUGACCUGCACUAGUUCAUAUGACCCCAACUGUUCUAUCCUGGGGAGUGGAGCAUUGCAUAAUCCUGACAUGUCAGUGUUUCUGAACAAAUGUACCACAAUGAAAUUUUUGUAUUACCUCAAUUGUGGGCCUAACUGCAUGAAAUUGAUUUUCAAAUGGUGUAAAAUAAAAUUAUCCUUAUGAGGCAUGUCAUAAAUCCAUUAACUGAUUGUUUAACUUUUUAAUAAAGACAAUGGCACAACAGACUUGACUCAAAUUGUGGUUACCCCAAAUGAAUCCAUGGUACAAUAAAUUCGUUGGUGGCUCUGCAAACUAGUGUAAGUGUUUAAAGGUCAUACUUUGGGAGAAUGUUUGGCAACCCGGGCCUUUUGAGUGCCGAUAAUACUUUGCUGGAUGUGUAAUUGGACGGUUGAUUUGAAAAUGGAAGUGAAUGUUUUACAAUCUUCACGGUUUCGAGGGAAGAUGCCACAUUGUGCAAAGUAAUUAAAUGCACCAACCCGAUGGGGGCGCCGGUGAGGAGCAGCGCUCGAGCCGGCCCAGGAUUGGCCAAUGGUAUGCCACAACUGUUCCUGGAGAAACUUGUGUAUGUUCCUCAUGGCGAAAGGGAUUCAGAAGGGCACACCAGGAAUGAAGAGAGCAGUGCGCCUCAAAACGGAACUUUUGCUUUUUGAGAGGUGUUUUGUACCCUUUUUUAUCAGGUACUACUUGGGCAGGUAGUCAUUGAUAUAUAUUAAUUAAAUAUUUCAAACGUGGAGGAUAACCAUACCGAUGUAACUGAUUGUACAAUAUAUUGGAUUAUUACUUCUGACUUGACAGUAACGAAUUGUUUACAUCAGUUCAGUGGAAAGCAUCUGGCUGGCAGAGGAGACCCAACAUAACCUAAUUAAACCGCAGUUGCUGAAAAUGUUCUCUAAGGAUGGAUGCCUGGCUGUGUGUACAGUGAUAUUUAUUCUGUCAUCAAGUGAGGCUAGAGGUCCACCGUGGGUGAGUCGUCAGGUGGAGGAGCGUCAGACGGCCAGGCUGGGGCGGACGGUGCGGCUUGCGUGCCCCGUAGAGGGUGACCCUCCUCCCCUGGUGCUGUGGGUGAAGGAUGGGCGUAACGUCCACCCGGGCUGGAGCCGCUACCGGGUGCUAAAAAAGAGCCUGAAGAUCAAAGAGGUGGAGCUGGGAGACGCGGGGGUUUACAUGUGCCGCGUCACCAACGGCUUCGGAAGUAUCACUCUCAACUACACCCUCAUCGUCAUGGAUGACACAGCAGCGAGCCAGACAGACGCUCCACCUGCCGUAGUGGAAGCCAAUGCUGAGCUCACCCAGCUUGACCCUACAGGAGAGCCCUGGGUGAAGCCUCGGUUCAGUCAGCCCACUAAGAUGCGCAGGCGGGUGCUGUACAAGCCGGUGGGCAGCUCAGUGAGGUUCAAGUGCCAGGCCAGCGGCACCCCUCCCCCCGUCAUCACCUGGUGGAAGGACCAGACCCCUCUGCCACCCCCGCGCCAGGGCAAGCGCCCCCAGUGGACCCUCACCCUAAAGAACCUGCAGCCCCAGGACAGUGCCAAGUACACCUGCCAUGUCUCCAACCCAGCCGGGCACAUCAACGCCACCUACAAGCUGGAUGUCAUCGAGCGCUCUCAUUGCAAGCCUGUUCUGACCGGCACCCACCCGGUCAACACCACUGUGGAGUAUGGUGGCACCGCCUCCUUCCAGUGUAAGGUCCACAGUGACGUGAAGCCUGUGGUCCAGUGGCUGAAGAGGGUUGACGCAGGCACAGAGGACCGCUAUAACUCCACCCUGGAAGUCGGAGGGCAGCAUUUUGUGGUUCUGCCCACGGGGGACGUGUGGUCCCGGCCUGACGGCUCCUACCUCAACAAGCUGGCUAUCAUCAAGGCCCGUGAUGGGGAUGCUGGGAUGUACAUUUGCCUGGGAGCUAACACAAUGGGUUACAGCUUCCGCAGUGCUUACCUCACUGUGCUGCCAGACCCUCAGGUGGAGAACACAGUGACUCCUCCACACCUGAGCUCCGGCCUGCCCUGGCCUCUGAUUAUCGGCAUCCCUGCAGCAGCCCUCCUCAUCGUAGGCACCAUUGUACUCUGGCUGUGUCACAGCCGCCGACGCCACAACACCUUGCCACCCCGCCCUGUGACCAUGGUCCGCCGAGACCAACACAUCUCGGACAAAGAGCCCAGCACCAACACCCCCUGUAAUGCCCUGAAUAGCCCUGACUACCCCAGCCAUAGACUGGUGGGCCUGGGAGCCCCAGUCCUUAGUGGGCCCCCUAAGAUUUACUCCAACGUUUACACAGACAUGCACUCGCACACACACUCCCACGCCCAUAUGGAUGGUAAGGUCCAUCAACACCAGCAUUUCCACUACCAGUGCUAACCAGCCCCCUCUCAUCCCACCCCACACCUACGGCCUUGUCUCCUAGCCACUGCUGCUAUUCUCACCCAACAAUGGACUAUGAGCAAGGUAGAUGGAAACUAGGAAAGGCUUGUAGUUCAUAUGAACUACACCUCCCAUGAUAAGCAGUGCUAAAACCCUUACCUGGGAUACACAUAUUACUAAGCUGCCUGCUUUGUAGGAAUAGCGCUUCAUUGAGAAGUCUCAGGGCAAGAAAUACCCUCUCACAUGUGUGCUAGAGUCAUUUCUUUAUUAUGUGUUUGUUAUACUAGACAACCAAGAGCAAACUCUAAUUGUACUUUAAAGGAUGAAAAUUACUUACAAAAAAUAUUUGGAUGCAUGUAGCCCUGGAUAAAUCAUUAAUUAGUUAAUAUGAGAUAUUACCAGGUUUAGGUUCAAUUUAGGUCAACUGAAAUUUGAUUAAAGGUGUUCCAAUUUACACAAAUGAACAUUUCUAAUAGAAUUAACCCCAACUCUGGAAUGUACAAUUGUAUUCUUUUUAACAUUCAUCUAAACAUGUACCUGUAUCCAAACUCCCAAAGCAUUAAGUAAUAUAAGGAACUUUUAAGUUUGUGUAAAUUGGAAAAUGUAACUGUGACAAUUUAAAAUCUAGACAAAAUGUUUACAAAUGUGAAAGCUUUUCUAUUCUCAUUAUAGCAACACAAACUAUGCUGUUCUCGGUUCUGAUUAGGUGGUAUUAUUUUUGUUUCAUGUAGGGAAGUACAAUUCAUCAGGGAAAUUAGAUGGAUUUGGUGAUGAGGGCUUUUUUAUUUUUGUAUUCAGAUAUUGUAUAUGUAUCCAACUAAAAAAAAUCAGUAUUAUUAGUUGUAUUAUUCACCCUAUAUGUGUAAGAUGCCAAAUGAUUUUACAGCGCUAUAGAUGUGUAUUUGACUUACAUUUCUUGUGAGGUAUAUUUUUAUAUAAGGUACAUGAGGAUGAGUAUUGUACCUGUGUCUAUUGGCUUUUAAAACUCACCAAAAAGCUAUUUAGUUGUUUUUACUUUAUUCUUCUAUUUUUCUUUUGGUAACAACCAUUAUUCCAGAUUGAAUUGACCUAUGGGUCAUUUAGUGAAAAAUGACAAGUGUUGAUUGUAUUGUUAAGUUGAAUUACAACUUUAUGCUGACCUAGUUGUCUCAUAUUUGAUUAAGAAUCUGACCAUAUGAUGUAUACUGUAUAUAAGAUAACGAUUACAAAGAAAAUGUAACAGUCAUUCCCCCUCAUGAUGUCAUAGGUCUAGUCCCCAAGUGGUUUAGAAUUGCCAUGUUAAUCUUAUGCAAUUCCUCUGUGAAACAUUGCAUGCUGCAACUCACCUCUGGUGCUCAUGUACAUUUAGUACUGUACAAUAAUAUUUUUGUAAUAACAUUUUUUUUUAAUACUGUUUUCUGUUUCGUGUAAUGUUUGCGAAAUGCAUUUCAAUUAAAACAUUUUAUUUUUUUA